UUUUACAGAAAGACCAAACCUAUAUUACCCACAAUAAGCAGUGUGUGUCCAUCCCCAACAGUUAUUUCUGCCCAACAAGGAGAAAAAGAAGGAGAACUCUUCGCAGAGGAUACGAGACUAUGGAAGUCCGCUACAGCCAAGACUCAGAGUCCGGAAUGCUGCUGAAGAAUGGACUAAAAGAGGGGAAAGAGGGAAAGGAUUCCCAGGGGAACAUUUCAAAAACGUUCCUGAAGGACCAGCAGGAGUCUUUCUCUCCAUCCGGAGCAGUGGAAAACUGUGAAAAGAGCCGGGCGAGCUCAGGAGAUCCUGACUACUGCCGGAGGAUUCUAGUUCGGGAUGCCAAAGGGUCGAUUCGAGAAAUUAUUCUCCCCAAGGGUCUGGAUCUAGACCGACCAAAGCGCACUAGGACCUCGUUCACAGCAGAACAGCUAUACAGACUGGAGAUGGAGUUUCAGCGGUGUCAGUAUGUUGUGGGACGGGAACGAACCGAACUUGCCCGGCAACUUAACCUGUCUGAAACCCAGGUGAAGGUGUGGUUCCAGAACCGGCGCACCAAGCAGAAGAAGGAUCAGGGGAAGGAUUCAGAGCUGCGCUCGGUGGUCUCUGAGACAGCCGCCACUUGCAGCGUCCUGCGUCUCCUGGAGCAGGGCCGUCUCCUCACUCCCCCGGGCCUGCCAGGACUGCUGCCCCACUGCGGGAGCUCGUCGCUGGGCUCAGCUCUGCGUGGGCCAUCGCUGGGGAUCACAGCUAACGGAGGCUCCUCCAGCAGCAGCAGCAGCAGCGCCGGCAGCUCGGGCACAGCGGGAGGAAGCCCACCGCUGCCAACCGUGACCAGUUCUGGGACAGUCACGGGACUGCAGGGAUCCCCACCUGCACACGGGCUGUUCAGCUUCCCAAUGCCCUCUCUGCUCGGGUCGGUCGCCUCACGUAUCUCCUCCACCCCGCUCGGCAUGGCCGGAUCCCUCGCAGGGAACUUGCAGGAACUUUCAGCCCGAUACCUGAGCUCCUCCGCCUUUGAGCCCUACUCGCGGACCAAUGGCAAAGAAGCACUUGACAAAAAAGUUUUGGAAUGA